AUGGUGUUGUCUAUUGACGUGUCAUACUUUGUGGCUUGCUCUCGAAUUUUUCGUGGUCAGAGCCCGCCCGCGGCCACGAGCAGGCUCUUUGGGAGCAGAAUCAAUGCCGAGGAUGACAUUAUGCCCAAAGUGACCUCUGAGAGCGCGAGCGGGCGUGGUUUGAUCAAUUUGAUGCUGUUUUCAAAAAUUUCGUUCUCGCUGUUGUUGAUGUUUUUCUGGGGAAGGAGAGUCGCGCAGACGCGUCAGGAACAGAGCGUGUCACGCUGUCACGUGCUGUCUCUAAGUGGCUUACAUAAGACACAGAUGCACCAGGGCUCCCAAUAG